CCAAAUGGUGCUACGCUCAUAGACUUGCCUGGUCGCCGUUAUUUAUGUCUCGCUAACCAACUGCGGAAACCUUCCUUACUUUUCGACACCAUGAGCCCGCCGUCGCUCUCUUCCCGUCCUUCCUUCGACUCCUUCUCGUCACCAAUACCCAUCCGAAGUGCCGUGGAGAAGGAUGUACAAGCUCUACUUAUGAAACAGAGGUCAUCGCGUCGCCGUCCCGGACAGAGCAUCUAUCCACUCCAGUACUCACGCGACAUGAUCAACUUCGACAACUGGGAUCAGAUGUUCUUCCAAAAUUGUUUCGGAGGGCUCACGAUGCACCAAUUCGAUUCGGAUUCGCCCCCUCGGAGGAUACUUGACCUCGGUUGUGGGGGAGGUUACUGGGCAAUUGAGGCAGCGAGACGGUGGCCGGACGCUGAAGUUAUUGGUUUUGACCUUACGGACAUUCAGCCCGACCUUAUGCAACUCGAUGCACAUUACAUGAGAUGCUUAGAGGACUCUAACAAGUCUCCGCACUCUCUUCCCAUCGUCGCCGAGUUAGCGGGUCGAUUAAAAUGGGUCCAUGGAAAUCUUUUGGACGGGCUCCCCUUCGCGUCAAACUUUUUCGACUACGUGCAUAUAGCUGGAAUUGGCCUCGGCGUCCCUGAGGACGAAUGGCAAUAUGUCCUUGAGGAUGUUUAUCGGGUGAUGGAGUACAACGGCGUCAUCGAGAUCGUUGAGGAGGAUUUGAUAUUCCCCUGCUCACCGCCACCGCCUGCGAGACGCUUUCUAGCCCCACUCAACCUCGAUUUCACACGUCGAGAGAGAAAAGAUUCAGCGCCACCCAGCGCAUUUUCGAUCAGGAGCUCGAGCACCAUGCUCUCCGAUCAAUCCAGCGUCCCUGGAAGUCCUGUCGAUGUCCGGAUACACAAACGUCCCAGCCUACCCACUCUGCCCGAAGCACACCCCGACUACCAACAUUCACGGAGUUCUAUACCAUUUGAUACUGAUUUUUCGCCGGACGGACUUUUUACCCAGGAUUCGGAGGUGUAUGGAACUGAUCCAUCUGACGGCCAUCCCCAAGACCAUACCCGACUCAAAACUGCAUGGGAUGCGAUGCUAACCAAGAGAUUCUUAACGCCAGGCGUGACGACGGUCAUGCCUUUCUACCUUUCCACCCUAUUCGACAACUUGCAAACCCAUCCGUCACUUCAUGUUCCACUACCGGCGAGCUCGUUUGAAAUGGACAGUGAUUCGCGAAGCAGUGGCGAAUCUUACUCAGACGCUGUUUAUUACGACCAGACACGCCGGCUAUCCAAAGAUGUUGAUAGGGUCUCCAUCCAGUCCAAGUCAACGACGUCUUCCCAUCGGAUCACGCCGUACUGGGCCCGGAUGCACCUCGGCAAGGCCGUCAGCUCCGUCUCAGCCUGCAAAGAGGCCAUCUGGAUGGAAUACUCAAAAUUAAACCCCAACGCGCUUCCACCGGUUAUCUCCAAAACAAUGAAUACCAGGGCCCGUACACGGAUGUCGUAUCACUCGAGUUCCACUAGAGAAGCUUUCGAGACAGAUUGGAGUAACUGGGAGCAUGACAUGGCGGAUCGAAUAGCCAUGCGAAAUCGGGCGGGAUCCGACUUUCGCUGGUCUGAACCAGAAUUUGCCUCUGACUGGCGGAUUUGGCGGGAUCGCAUGAUAACACACGACACUGAAAUCAUCGAGGAGCCCCCCAGGUCAAGUAAUAUCUGUCGUUCCCUUCGCGCGUUUGUUGCAUGGAAACCCCCUGCACCACUACCAUCCUCUCCUUGACCACCAUACCUGUAUCUCCAUUAAUUAUCAUUGUAGGAUCAUAUUCGAGUAUACACAUUGUAUUUACAUCCCAGGAAACCCAAGGAUUUUUUUCACGCUGAUCAGCUCGAUAUUGUGGCUGUGAUAGUUCAGAUUCUACUUCACGACCCCCACCCCCUUCACUCCGAACGCGGCGCAUUGAUUAUGUCGGACUCUGAAAAGCCAUCCGCCGAGAAGAAACCCGCUGCGCCCUCGGCAACGGAGGUCGAUCUCACCAAGUACAAGAUUGCCGCCGAAAUCGUGCACAAUGUGACGAAGAAGCUCAUCGAGCUGUGUGUUGAAGGCGCGAAAGUCAUCGAUCUUUGCAUCGAAGGCGACAAGCUCGUCGAGGCGGGAACCGGUGCCGUAUACAACAAGGCCAUCAAGGGCGUGAAAGUGACGAAGGGACUCGCGUUCCCUACGUCCAUCUCCGUCAACAACUGCGUCGCGCAUUUUUCUCCUCUCGAGUCAGACCCACAAUCGUCCCAGACGCUCGCGAAAGAUGACAUGGUCAAGCUGCAUCUAGGCGCGCAUAUUGAUGGAUUCGCGGCGAUCAGCGCCGAGACCAUCGUCGUUGGUGCAAGUGCGGAAAACCCUGUAACAGGCCGACGCGCCGACGUCCUGAAGGCUGCUUGGCACGCUUCGGAACUUGCGAUGCGCACAAUCAAAGCCGGCAACAAAAACUGGGCCGUGACCGAGAUUGUAGGAAAAACCGCCGCUGCGUGGGAUUGCAAGCCUGUUGAAGGCAUGCUCUCUUGUGAACAAACUCAGAACGUGGUCGACGGGAAGAAACGUAUUAUCCUGAACCCUAGCGAAGCCCAGAAGCGUGAUUUCGAGGGUGCGACAUUUGCUGAGGGUGAAGUGUGGGGAAUCGAUAUCUUGGUCUCCUCGGGUGACGAUGGCAAGGCUCGUGUCGAAGAGGCCCGCACUUCGAUCUACCAACGCGAUUCGACCGUGACUUAUCAACUCAAAAUGAAGAACUCGCGUGCCGUGUUCUCCGAGGUCCAAAAGAAAUCAGGUGCUUUCCCAUUUAACGUCCGAUCGCUCGAAGAUGAGAAACGAUCGCGUAUGGGACUGCAAGAAGCAGUGCAGCAUGGUUUGGUCAAGCCGUACGAAGUGAUUUACACGCCAGCCAACACCUUCGUCGCUGCCUUCCACUUCACGAUCGCCCUUCUGCCCAAUGGCCCUUCACUGAUCACGCAGUCGCCUGUAUGGUACAAGCCUGAGCUCGUCAAGACGGAGAAGGAGCUCGAGGACGAGGAACUGAAGACCCUGCUGGCUCGCAGUCUGCGCGAGAGCAAGAAGAGCAAGAAGAAGAAGGCCAAGACGGAGGCUGGUGAAGGCGCUGAAGCCGAGAAGGAAGAAUAAAUGUAUCAUCACAUCAUAUCGUACAACAUUCGAGUGCUCUUGUCUUGUCUCCCUACUGUUGUGUGUUGAAUCCUGUACAAUGCAUGUUCAUGAUGGAUGUAGUCCUUUUCCAUGUUCCGCGUCCUCUCCAAAAUGUUGUAAUGUGCGCACAACGAGGUCGACAUUUUCGAGGAAUGAAUUGACGGUGAGACGUGCUAAUCGCACAGUGAGCGUGUCGAAUGUGCUAUGGGAUUCACAUGUCAGUCGGUAAACGACGAUGCGCCCUCGAAAUCAAACGAAAAAGAUCGUACGCGAUCAGAACCUCGUCUUCGAC